UUCGCUGCUGAAAGGAAAACCUGAAGCUGUCUGGACCACCAUGGACGCCAGGCUACUUCAACCCGGCAUUAUGACACUUUUAAUUCAUUUUUACCUACAUUUCUGAACAAACAUGUCUGGGUACAAGGGACAGGAAUGGAUAGAGUUUUGUACAGACCGGUGCAUUUGUUGCUUUCGUGUAGUCGUAAGUUAACGAAGUACGCUGGUCGACUUAAUGUAGUUUGUCUACUCGGGUUAAAACCUCUCCAGGUGCCCUUAAUCAGGAGGAGCCAUUUAAGGUGUGGCGGUGAGCUCAUGGAGAAGACAUCAGACAGAGCAGCGCUGGAGGAGAGAAAAGGCCUGGUGGAGGAUGGUUGCGUGUUGAGAGGUGCAGAGGGUGGAGAAGUUGAUCCUCAGACCCCAAGGAAGAGCAGCUCCACCCGCUCAUCCCGCAAGAGUUUCCGCCUGGACUACCGGCUAGAGGAGGAAGUGACAAAGUCCUGUCGAGACAAGCAUGGCCGCUGGAUGAACCCCUGGCCCACAUGGCGGUUCCCGUCCUAUGCCACCCUGCUCAGGUUCCUGUUGUUGGAUAAAAAUCACAGCAAUGUGCCAUCCAGUAAAGAGGCUCUGGACAAUGAGCUUCCAGUGACUGAACCGUACUUUAUCCAAAAUCCAGAUCUGUCUGAGUCUGGUCCCGGUCUGAGGGUCACCUGGUUGGGUCAUGCCACAGUUCUGGUUGAAAUGGAUGGGCUUAAUAUUCUGACAGACCCCAUUUUCAGUCAGAGGGCCUCGCCAUUUCAGUUUAUGGGGCCCAAAAGGUACAGAGGGCCCCCCUGCACUGUGGAACAGCUGCCAAGGAUCGAUGCUGUGGUCAUCAGUCAUUCUCACUACGACCAUUUGGAUGUUGGGUCUGUUUCCAGCCUUAAUGAACGCUUUGGAGGGGAGCUACGCUGGUUCGUGCCCCUGGGUCUGAUGGACUGGCUGGUGAAGAUGGGCUGUGAGAACGUGAUGGAGCUGGACUGGUGGGAGGAGAAUUGUGUUCCAGGUCAUGAUGACAUUACAUUCGUUUGCACACCCUCGCAGCACUGGAGCAAACGCACAGCGCUGGAUGAUAACAAGUCUUUAUGGGGAAGCUGGUCUGUUUUAGGUCCUGAUCAUCGGUUCUUCUUUGCUGGUGAUACCGGCUACUGCUCCUCCUUCCAGGAGAUUGGACGGCGUUUUGGACCGUUUGACCUCGCAGCAAUCCCCAUUGGAGCCUACCAGCCCAGGGACAUGAUGCAGGGCCAGCAUGUAGAUCCAGAGGAGGCCGUUCAGAUUCAUCAAGACCUUCAAGCCAAACAGUCGGUGGCCAUUCACUGGGGAACCUUCGCUCUUGCCUAUGAGACACCUGAAAGUUUUGGGCUUAAGCUGACAGGUACUUGAAAGUAUCCAUAAUUCCCUCCACUUUCACUGAAAUCCCAGAUCCAUCUGAAGAGCAAGAUCCCCAAAACAUGAUGCUAAAUCUCCAUGCUUUACCAUGGGUUUGGUGUUCUCUCUCUCAUAUUCUUGAUAUGUCCAGGUAGGAGGUGGAAUGGCAAGAUUCAAGUCUUUUCUUAUGAUGAAAAAACCCUCCAAAUCUGUCUAAAGUUUGCAAAAACAUCAAGUCUCCCAAGAGCAUCUUUUUAAACGUUAUUUGACAUAAAACAAAACACUGCACAUCACCAAAAGAAAACCACACUUACAGUAAAGCAUGGUGAGGGAAACAUCAAUUAUUGGUGCUCUUUUUCUUCAGCUGAAAGGGGGGUUUUAGUUAAAGUGGAGUAGAUUAUGAACAGUUUCAAAUAAAAGCCAAAAUUUGCAAAAAAAUAAAAACCACCUUAAUCUGUAAGAAACCUGAAGACAAAGAGGAACUCAAUGACAUAAAACAGGCAUCCAUGUCUGCAAAAGCAUGGCUUCAGCAGAAGAAAACAGUGGCUUUUGCAAGGAGGAGUUUGUAAAUCUUGUCAUUUUGAGAUCGGUUAUAUUGACUGAAUUUUCUUACUAAUCCCUCCUAAUAGGUUUUUGUUUGUUUUUCAUCAGGUAUAUGCAUGUUCAUGGUCACAUUAAACAUGGAAAGGUCUGAAAUGAUACUUUUUUGCUUUCUUCUGGUACAAUUUUAAAUGUGGAAUUUGAAGUGGGUUGUGUAGACUUUUACAGGCACUGUGGCUGAAGUGGGACAGGCCAUGAAAAACCCACUUCUCAGUAUUUCCCAUUAAUUAUUGUAUUAGGACCCACAAACUAACCUUUUUUCUGUGCUCACAGUCAGCCAAUGUUUAAACUUAAGAUGUGACAGUCUGUUCAGAUCAAAGUCAUUCUAAUAAAACAUCUAGACGUGAGAAAUGUACCUCUGAACAGUGACAUCCUACAUGAGAUAAGCUGAUGUUAUCAUUAACCAUUAACAUCAACUGCGCAUACACUGAAUGAAAAUGCUCACAAUUUCGUUGUACUUGUGUACAAUGACAAUAAAGAUGCUGUUUCUGAUUAUCACUUAGGGAUG